AGUCCAACAGCUCAGCAGGAGCACAGGGAGAGGGACACCAAUGCCCUCAUUCCCCAUGCCAGGGGAACCCUAGCCUCCCAGGGUGACUCCCAAGGAAUUGGGAUGAUGGCAAGUAACAACAAACCUCCUUCCUAGUGCCGAGCGCUCCAGAGAGCUGGACCCAGCUGCUCCCUCCCGGCCAUGCAGCGUGGCUGGGGCACAGGCGCUUGCUGUGUGGUGUCUGUUGUGCAGUGGAGAGAACACAAGGCUGUUCCUGGAGCACACCCGGGGCUCCCCUUCCCAUCCAUCAGUUGCCAAAGUGGCUGGAGAAUGGCUCCUGGCCGCCCUGUGCUGGAGCACUGGGAGGGGAUCAGCAUGAGCUACGGAGCAGAGGGGUGAGAGCCAGGAAACAAUUCCAGUGAGAACAGCCCCAGGUUGGCCCUCACAGCCCUGUUAUCCUGUCUGGGCCUCGAAUGGGAAUCUGCUGUUCCGGUGUUUUCCAUCUUCGUUCUGGUGCUGGAGACACAGUUUGUCCUGUCCUUCGUCCACCGCUUUCUGGAGCACCGUGGGGCCACCACCUACUUCGCCUUCUGCUACCCCUUCUCCUACACAGAAUGCCAGGAGAUGCUGGCGCGGCUGGAUCACCGCUUCCCGGAGAGCGGGCAGAUGGCUCCCAGCAGCCCCCUUGACUCCGUCUAUUACCACCGGGAGCUGCUCUGCUAUUCCCUAGACCGGCUCCGUGUGGACCUGCUCACCAUUACCUCAUGCCACGGGAUGCUAGAGAAGCGGGAGCCACGCCUCGACAAGCUCUUCCCAGACACCAGCACCCCGCGCCCACGCCGCUUCGCAGGGAAGAAGGUAUUCUUCCUGAGCAGCAGGGUCCACCCUGGAGAAACGCCCUCCAGCUUUGUCUUCAAUGGCUUCCUGGACUUUAUCCUGCGGGAGGAGGACCCCCGCGCCCAGAUGCUCCGCAGGAUGUUCGUCUUCAAGCUCAUUCCCAUGCUGAAUCCUGAUGGAGUGGUGCGAGGCCACUACCGGACUGACUCCCGUGGGGUAAACCUGAACCGCCAGUACCUCAACCCGGAUGCGGAGCUGCACCCAGCAGUGUUCGGAGCCAAAGCUGUGCUUCUCUACCACCACAUCCACAGCCGCGUCCUGCCCGGUGUUCCUGACUGGAGGACGUACGUCUCACCACUCGGCACCAGCUCCCUAAGCACAACAUCUUCCAACCAUUCCGUCCGCAGCAGCAUCCCGGCUCUCUCAGAGCUGGAGAAAGCCAACAACCUCCGGAACUGUCCUGGUGGCUGGCGUGCUGGCACGCGCUGCAGCCUCUCUCAGGAACCUCGGCUCCCGGGACCUCCUGCCACUGCGCACAGCACCGACCGUGCUGCCCGGAUUCUCCCGCCAAGCCACACCGCAGAGCACUGUGAGGAGGACACUGGGAGGCCAGAGCCUCUUCCUGAUGCCAUCCCACCCCAGGACAGCGGGCUAGCGUACUAUGUCGAUCUCCAUGGACACGCUUCCAAACGUGGCUGCUUCAUGUACGGCAACAGCUUCCCUGAUGAGAACGAUCAGGUGGAGAAUAUGCUGUUCCCUAAACUCAUCUCCCUCAACUCACCCCACUUCGACUUCUCGGGCUGCAACUUCUCAGAGAAGAACAUGUACGCGCGGGACCGGAGAGACGGGCAGUCCAAGGAGGGCAGCGGGCGCGUGGCUGUCUACAAGGCCCUGGGCAUCAUCCACAGCUACACACUGGAGUGCAACUACAACACGGGCCGUUCCGUGAACAGCAUCCCAGUGGCGUGCCAUGACAACGGCCGUGCCAGCCCACCGCCUGCGCCCACCAUCCCCUCAAAGUACACCGUGGAGCUAUUCGAGCAGGUGGGCAGAGCCAUGGCCGUGGCAGCACUGGACAUGGCAGAGUGCAACCCCUGGCCACGGAUCAUCCUGUCGGAGCACAGCAGCCUCGGCAACCUGCGGGCCUGGAUGCUGAAGCACGUGCGAAGCACACGGGGUGCCAGCGGGGGCCCACGGAGCAGAGGAAGCACUGGGACCCCUCCCCGGAGCUCCACCGGGAUCCCCACCUCGGCCUCCGAUAACGCCCUCUCCCGUGCCAGGAGCUUCAGUGACAGCACUGGUGGGAGUAGCCGUCGGGAAUUGCCACGGAUCAGAGCCUCCCCCAGCCUCACCCUCAGCGGGGACCCAGCUCCAGCCACCAUCAGACGGAGCGCUCCAAAGGGCGGCACGGCAGCCCUGGAAGCCGGCAGAGGGACGCGGGCAGCACCGAGCACCGGCACCAGGCAGGGAGCGCAGGAGGCCCAGCGUGGCACUGGAGAGCCCGGCACAGCUCCGCUGCAGGCACUCCUGAAGCGGCAGGAUGCCGGGAGAGCUCUGGAGCAGCCUGGGGCUGUACUGGGAGGGCUCCAGUGUAGAGCCUCACAACGAGGGACAAAUCCUAUGCUGGCACAAGGCCCUAUACCCCCAGGUAUGACUCUGGCACCCAGUGCGGCUCUGCCUGGCACUGGAAGGGCCAGGGACGUGGUGCCGGGGAGGAGGCUCAGCCCCACUGCCCCCAGCCCCUCUCCACCUCGCUCUCCCCCUGCAGCCUCUGGCCCCAGAGCCCCCCUCGCUCCGCUCACAGCGGUGCCUCCUCUCCGGCUGCGCUGAGGACGCACCGCUGCCAGCACCAGAUUCACCACGUUCUGCACCAGAGGGAAGGGCUGGACCCCAGCCCAGAGCUGCCUCAGCACCAACACCAGACCGUGCCAACACCCCAACCCCACCGCGCUCCGGCUGCUGUCAGCUCACCCAAUGCCAUGCCUGCACCCGGCUGUGACUGUCACCAUCUGGGGCACUGGGGUCGGCCACGCCACUCACCACAGCUCAUCCCAGGCCACCACAGCUCAUACUGUCCCA